GUCAAAAGUCUUGAAAAAAAUUCCCUAAGAUUAUUCUAAGCUAUUUGGAGUAUCAGUAUGGCAGUGGCUAAGCUGACCAUGACUUGUUUUUAGUUGCCUAUGGACACUGGACAGAAGAAGAGAUUUUGCGUCUCAUCAAAGGAGUGGUGUACACCUGGAACAAAACGCCUGCUCAAAACCACUCCCAUUACACCAAUGGCAUUAACUGGAUGAAAGUAUUCCUUUUUGUUAGAACACGCACGCCUAGAACCUGCUGCAAUGCAUAUGUCAGGUUUGCAAAGCAAGCUUUGCAUAUGCAUCACUACAAGCUGAAGCACCCAGAUGCUGAGGAUCUCCCAAAGUGGACAUCUAAUCAUGAAUUGAUGCUGAUUAAAGAGAUGAUCAGAUCCCCUGCCAAUACGCUGGUGGUGAUGGACUUCAGGUCAAUGAUGGCCCUACCGGAGUUUGAAGGCUUCAGUGACAGCUACCUGAUGCGCAUGGCGCGUGAUGCUAUUGCUGCCUGGGUGCCUCUUCCGCAGCGGCGCAACCUCGACGACUCGCUGGACUACCUAGCUACUAACAUCCUGCCAAAGCUCGAGCGCAAGCUUGACAACCACUCCAGAGUGUUGAAGCAGAUUAAUCUCUACCGAAGUGCCAAGCUUGCAGACGCCAUACCCGAGUAUCUCGACGAACACAUCAAGCGAAUGUUCGCUACUGUGCCGCUGCAUCAGCUUGACAUCACUGAGCCUGAUGUCGAGGAUCCGGACCUUGAGGAUCCUAACCUCCUGGAUGGCUUGGAUGAUGACGACCUCAAGUUAAAGAAAGAAGAUUGCGAUUUGUUUGGUGAUGAUGACCUCGAGUUGCAGAAAGAUGAUUGCGAGUUGUACGAAGAUGAUGACUUCGAGUUGGGCGAAAGCGAACACCCCUAGGAUGAGGGAUCGCGAGUUGUAUGAUGACAUUGUUUUACGUCAUCCUACGACCAAUGGGAUGGUGAUAAUGAUGUCAAGUUGGAAGAGUUGGAUGAGUGUGAUGAUGAGUCGAACGGUGAUGACCCCGAGUUGGAAGAUGAUGACCUCGAGUAAGAUGAGGGUGAUGGCUACGAUGACCACCACGAUCACAACUUACGAUGACGGUUGAAGAAUUUAACUCUCUCUUAAUGAAAUAAUGAUAACUCCAACAUCAGAGACUUAACUGUGCAUCAAAAGCUCAUGUGCCUGGUUUGUGUUCAAGAAAGUCAGUACCAAAUGUUCUCAAAUGUGAUAAGGUUGGUAAAUAUCAUGCCAAAUUCCAUCAUGUUCUUUUGUUCUACUAUCCAUUCUUCAUACAUGUCCCUCAUGUAUUGAUGCCUUCCAUAGGAAAAUGCAUUUACUGCAAUAAUUCGUGGUUGUUGAUUACAUAUAAGUGUAUACCUAUAUUCGUACCGCGUCAGGCCUUUAUGCUGUUUGAUGCCAUAGUUCCUUGCUAAGUUGCAUCAUUGAUGCGGAAAUUUUGUACCAUGUAACACCGGAAGUUCUGUAUCGUUUUGCAUCGCACAUUUCAUUUUGAAAUUCCAUAACUUGUCAGUUAGCAUGGAAGUUGGGCAACAGAUGCCGUAAUAUUUCCAAUUUGGGAGAUUUGCAUUUAAAAUAUAAGGUUGAUUACAGUUUGCAUUUCCGUUGGAAUGACAAA